AUGUACAACCAUCAGCACCGCUCUCACCCUCUGCUGGAGAUGGUCCCCCUCACAGUCUCCCCUUUUGUACCCCUUCCGACGGCGACGACGCUCUCGUACAACUACCAGACUAUGCCCUCCAAUAUCCCCCCCUCCCCCCUGGGGAUCCCGACGGCGGCCGAGGGCACCUCGUCUGAGCAGCAGCAGCCGCGCUUCAUCGUGUCCGGAUCCGGCCAUGCGGCGUCUCCGAGCGAGAUCCAGCAGUCGUGCGAACAACUGCUGAGCUACGUGACGCAGCUGCAGAAGGAUGCGGAGCGAGAACUUUGCCAGUUUGAAGAGAGCAUCAAGGAGCGGGACUUGGCCGAGAAGAGGAGACUGGCACCGGGGUGGCUGGACAGCGAUUCCAGACUGCUGGAGCCCGAGCGGCCGACCCAGACGCAACAGGUCGGUCACAGCGCCGUGACGGAGGCCAAGGAGCAGCUCUCUACGCAGGAGCAGGCGCAGCUCGACGAAGGUGCACAAUUGGACAAGGCAUUCGGGGGGAUAUCUUUGCGGUAG